AUGGAGAGUUUACCCUUGGGUUGGGAUAUGGAUAAUUUCCUCAAAUAUUUGACAUUGGAUGCCCAUUUUUUCAAACUUCAGCGCCUCGUCCAAACCAUUCGUCCGUUCUUCUUCACCGGCAUGAGUCCAUCGGGUCACGACUUCUUUUCAAAUGAAGAAAAGGUCAUGGUUUACUUGAGAAAGGUCGAACCCUCACUCCUUCACAUCGCCGAGGAUGGUAACGUCAUGUACAACAUGCAGGGUCAAAUCCUGAAGGGUGAAUUCUUUGCCAACAAUUUGGUGAUGGAUUUGUAUUCGGCCAAUCAUUGGGAAUUCAAAUUUCUCGGUAGACCCGACGGUGCCAUGAUGUCGAGGAUCUCCAAGAGAAUAAGACCGCUCGCGAGUCAACCAACUUCACUCUUUCCCGGGGAAACCGGAUCUUCAUUUUUCAGCAUCGAUGGCAUUCACAUGCACGGUCGAGAAGUUUAUGAUCACUCCUUGGAAAGAUCAUUUCCUUUUCGCGAAUCAAGUACCAUGUCCUGCGCAAGGAUAUGGACAUACAAAUUGGUGUUCUCGUUGAAAAUAUCACCCGACCCCAGCGAACCAUUGAUCAUGGUACCUGUUUGGGGUGUCGGCGUAACACAAUUAUAUUUCGAGGCAUCAAGUAGUAGCAAGUCCAUUCGAAAUUAA